AAUUUGGGGUAACUAGCCCAAGUAGUAGCGCCAGCACAGUCGCGAACGGACGGAAAGUCCCUUCACUUUAGUGCUCGGGAAAAAGCAAGCAUAAUCAAUCAACUGGUAUGGCUUCCUUGCGCUUUCUCGUAUUUCACACGAGGCAUGGUGCAGACCAAGUCUAGACGCCCAGCAUCGCGAUACCUCGCCAGGCCCAGCGAUCGCACGAAGCCCUCACCGACCGAUCCGCCUCCUGUCCUCGGCCUUUUUUUUAUCUUGCCUCCUCGGCCGCUUCUUCCGUUGCCCCUUUUUCCCGCCUGUUCUCUUGCUUUGGCUUCCUCGAGGAGAGUUUUAUAUCAAGAAACCUUCACGUGAUCUAUAUUACAUAAUACCACCUGCUUGCUUGACGCCAAAAAGCUAUAAAAAAAGAAAAAAGAAAAAAAAAAAAAAAACAAACGACCAAAAAAGACGUACAGAAAGCGAAGAAAACAGAGAAAGAAAGCUCAAGGAGCUCUGCAAGGCACACUGGGGGAACGGGACAGGCAGAUACACAUCCAGACUGGGCUGCCCAGCACGCGAGACACACGUUUCAUGUUAUAUUUACACUCCCAAGGUCCCGACCGGCGGCACAACAGAGCACAACGGGAAAGGGAGACGUCACCGUCGCUGUCCUUGUCGUCGUCAUGGCCGAAGUCCAGAGAAUCGCAGACCAGAUAGUCUCGCCCGGAACGCCUCGAGACCCCAACUUCACCAAGUUUGCCUUCUCAGACUUCGUUGCCAAAUCCUUCAGCUUCGCCCUUGCUUCCGAUGUGCCGGUUUGCAAGGCCUACCGAGAAGGCCACUGUCCGCUCGGCCCGCUCUGUGCUGAGAGACACCCGACUCCAUCUCGCAUAUCGACUUCUUCGUCUCCCGCGAUAGCCCCUUCGUCCACGCAUGGGAGUCUGGUAUGCAAGCAUUAUCUCAAGGGCCUGUGCAAGAAAGGGCUGAAAUGUGAAUAUCUACACGAGUACAACCUACGGCGGAUGCCAGAAUGCCAGUCCUUUUCCCGUAACGGAUUUUGCCCCAACGGGGAUGACUGUCUCUAUCAGCAUCUCUCUGGUGAUGCAAAGCUGCCGCAAUGCGAACAUUAUGACCAAGGAUUCUGUCCGUUGGGUCCUAUCUGCGCCAAACGACAUGUGAGAAGGAAGCUGUGUCGGUUUUACCUUGCGGGAUUCUGUCCUGCUGGGAAGACGUGUACAGAGGGUGCCCACCCGCGCUGGUCAGAAAACUUGCCCAAACCGACCGUCAGAGUGGAAAAGACGCAGGAGGAGAUUGAAAGUGAACGAGCAAGGAUCAGAGAGGAACAGGAGCGGGAGGAAGAGCGGGAGAGAGAGUGGAGGAGAGAGAACCGUGGCCGAGAUGGCAGAUAUCCACGAGGACGGUAUCGCGGGAAGAGAUGAUUACCUACCUGCCUUUCCUUUCUCAUUAAUCAUCUUCCGGAUCCGUCGUUACACCUAUAUACCCUAACACGGCGGCCGAUGUACGCUUUACGCCUUCUAUGUCUUGCAAGCCCAGCGUUACGGUGUGUCGUCGUACUUCAUUUCACUGCCUGCAGGCUUGGGAUUGGAAAUGUCGGUUUCAGCGUGGAUAUCAGUACAUCUACAUGGCAUAAAUUUCAACUUGGCAUAGCGCUAUCACACGUUACAAGUCCUCGAUUAUGCUCCAUCUUUACCCAUCGCAGUUACAUAACAAAUACUUAUCCACACAUAUCAGCUUCCUGGUAUUGUUUUCAAGUCGGCUAAACCUUGACUACUUCACCUUGAUGAUGCAAUGCGGCCUUACAACCUAGAUUGCCGGAUGAUCCAAAUAUUUAAUCAAUAAUUAACAUAUUGCAGUAGCAACGAAAACCCCAAAAAGGGUGGAGAUAAUCCACGAUUGCAACCGGCUCAACUACACCCCAUUCUAUUUGCAAUCUAUUCUCGAUUUACCGUCUUCUACGAAAGAAAAAAUAGGCUUCUGGCUAUCACGCCCGCCCCUCCCAAUUGAUAUUGGUGAAGAAUCCCUAACUGGCCUUGAAGAUAGAGUCGCUAUUCUUUCCGGUGCGAACAAUUCGUCAUUUGAUGGUUUUCAGCUGAGUCAAUAUCCAGCCUGCUUCGAAAACUUGUUUCGAUUCUUCAUCACAGACUCCCCUUUUGCUCAGUAUGGUAUCUUAUUUCUAUUAGGAUAUAUGCUCCAUGAUAUAAUAGCAACUACGAUGGAAGUUGAUAGCUAUGACUUAAUGCCUAGGGUGGUGUCAAAUGGUGUUUGCAGGACAUAAUGUCACGAACCAAGCAUUAUGUUUUUGCUACUUGAUAGAUUUGACAGCAAUAAUCGGAAUAAACCAUGCGUUUUAAGACUUUAUCGUGGUCCUAGUAACUCAAGGGUACCGUCGUAAUUGAAAAGUGAUGAAUGUUAAGGCAAUAAUAGUACUCCAUGCUCUCCUAUCGUGUACCUUGAGAUCUCAUCGCGAAGCAUAUCAAGAGCAGGGAAUUCUUCUAACGCUCCUAAUCAGAACCAACGGAGUAGUCUCCAGUCUUCUGCUAAUACUCUUCC